AAAUUAUUGACGCAAACUGUAAUGAUGGAUGGAAAAGCUGAUAAAAGAAAACCGGUACCCUAUGCGGUUGAACCAUUAAGUCUAAGAUGCGAAUUUGAAGAAUGUUUUAUAGUUGAAGAAGAUGUUGAUAGUCUGAUUUCACAUUUGGUGUCAGAACACAUUAGCAAACUAACUGAUGGGGACUUACAUUGUCACUGGAAAGAUUGUGAGGGUUUUACAGAAUCUCUACCAGAGCUCAGAAGACACAUUUAUUUUCAUGCAUUCCACACUAAAAUCAAAUACCAUGGAUUCAAUCUUCAACUGCAGAAAAAAUUGCCUAACUGCUCAGCUAGCAUUCAUAGCCGCAACAUUGUGCCUGAACUUCCUGAUCCCUUGAUUUGUGGAUGGGUUGAUUGCUUGGUAGUAUAUGAAUGUGCUGAGCAUUAUUACCGUCAUGUGGAUUCUCAUGCAAAGUUUGACAGUAAAAAAAGUGAUAAGGGGCCUGCAAUUUGUUCAUGGGAAGGAUGUAACAGGACAUUCAAUGACCAGUAUAAAGUUAAAGAGCAUUUACGAUCUCAUACACAGGAGAAACUUAUUGCUUGCCCCACUUGUGGAGGGAUGUUUGCGUCAAGAACAAAAUUUUUUGACCAUAUUCAAAGGCAGAUGCCGAUUGAUGAAGCUGAAGACUCUUAUGUUUGUGAAUAUUGUUGUAGAAAGCUCUCAUCGGAACGGCUGCUUCGAGAUCACAUGAGACACCAUGUAAAUCAUUACAAAUGCCCAUACUGUGAUAUGACGUGCCCUACUCCUUCUGGUCUCAGAGUUCACAUGUCAUACAGACAUUCCGAAGUCAAACCACAUUCUUGCCCUUACUGUGAUUACAGGUGCAAAUCAGAAAAUGAUCUAAGAAAACAUCUCGAAUCCCAUAGUAUGGUUCCUACUUAUACAUGUCCUGUCGAAAACUGCUCCUAUGCUACCAGAUCUCAAACUUGCUUUAGUGUUCAUUGUAGAAAAAAGCAUUCGAAAAAAGGUCCUUUGAAAUAUGCCUGCCAUCUCUGUGAGAAGAUAUUUACUCGUGGAAACUACCUGACUAAACAUCUUUUGGGUGUGCAUAAAUUCCGUUGGCCUUCUGGUCACUGCAGAUUUCGAUACAACUUAAAUGAAGAUGGCUGUUUUCGACUUCAAACAGUCCGUUAUGAAAGCUUGGAACUUUCUGAAGCUAUGAUGAGUGAAAGUGCAGAAAAUGUUGAUAACCCUGAUGGGGUGGAAAGACCAGCAAUUGAAAAUGAGCCAAUACCCGAUAUCUAUUCUAAUGACAUUAAUAUUACUGAAUCACAAGUAUCUAAUAAGCAAGUUCUUCAUAGUUCUAACCCUGUUAUCAACGGAUCUGUUGUUGUCUGCAUGGAAGGAGGCAGGAAUAGCUUGAUUAAUUCAGAUUGUAAUGUUUCUGAAGAGGAACCUAUUUUGAUUAAAAUUUUGGAAGCUCCAGAAAUUAUGUCUCCUUGCAAUAAUGAAUUAUAUUUUAAUACCUCUAAUGCAGAACAGACUUUAAGCUUUGAGAACUCAAAUAUAGAAGUUUUGAACAGUUGUCAAAAAGGGGAAAUACUACUAGAAGCCUGCGAGGUCUUGCCACAUUAUGAAUCUAUGUAGUAUUGUGCCGAUUCUUUGUUAGAGUCAUGUAUUAUAACUGAUUGUAAUUAUAAUUUAUUACUGCUAUGUGAAAUUAGAAAAAUUUGUUGUAUAAAAUGAAACUUAUUUAUUGCAAGCCUCAAUUUAAAGAAUCAGGGUAUAAAGAGUAUAUAUCUGAGUUAAUAUGGGUAUGAAAAGAAUUUUUUUUAAACGUGAAAUAGUUACUUAUUUUUUGUAAAAAAGCUGUAUUGAUUCUGUUGUUGCAAGCAUAACUUGGAUUUAGUUAAAAAAAUUUUAUAAUUUUGAAAAUUACUUUGCUACAACUAUCAGAAAAAUGUAUCUAGCUAUUGCUGGAAAUUUUAUUCCCUUUGAAAGGAGUCCUUUAAUUUUAAAGUUCUUGAACUGUGGGAAAUUAUUCAAAAAGUAAAUAUAGUCUUAAAGAGUCUAAACAUUCAACCACUCUCCUGACCAAAUUUUCCAGAUAGUAAAAGGCAUGUUUAUUC